UUCCAGCGGAUCCUGGCGCGGAGCGACGCCCUCCCUCGGAGACCUAGAGCCCGGCAGAAGACAGGGUCGUCCGCCCGCUCGCUCUCGCCUCCUUCCCUCGGAGUCCGUGGCAGGGAGAUCCACCCGCUCUCUUGCCCCUCCCCCGGCCCCUCCCCCGGCCGAGGCUUCCUCCCCUCCCCCUCGCCCCAUGCAGGGAGGACGGCCCGGGACUCCCAUCAGCGCCGCCGCCGCCGCCGCCUCUUCCCCAGUUCCUGGGCUGCCUGGAGGCUGCUGACAGCCAUGCCCCACGCGGGAGCUCGCUGGGACUCAUCCCGCCGGUAGCGCUUUUCCGCGCUUCGAAGUGGGAGAGCGGGGUGCCCCGGUGUCGGCUCCUGCCCCGCCUCUUCUCAAUCCACCCGGGUCUGGCUGCUUUUCGAACGAGCGGGAGGACUUCUGCUGCUUCUGCUGCUGCUUCUCAUUGACGAUGAGACGCCUGAGUCGAAGGCUGGUCUUGUCUCUCUUGGGCAUCUUGUGGAUCGCGGCUCUCGUCCUUUUCUUCGGGACCAGGAAAAAGUUGGAGGUGGGGGGAGCCGAAGGGCAACAGACGCCAAAGGGCUCUGACAUCGAUUGGGAUGAUCUCUGGGAUCAGUUUGAAGAAAGAAAGUACCUGAGUGCCCGGAGGUGGAAGGGUGGAGAAGACCCAUAUCGACUGUAUGCCUUCAACCAACGGGAGAGUGAAAGGAUACCCAGUGACCGUGCCAUCCGUGACACUAGACACCACAGAUGUACUACUUUGCACUAUCGUACAGAUCUGCCACCAACCAGCAUCAUCAUUACCUUCCAUAAUGAGGCCAGGUCCACACUACUAAGGACCAUAAGAAGUGUCCUGAACCGAACCCCUGUGCGUCUGGUCCAUGAAAUCAUAUUGGUGGAUGAUUUCAGCGAUGAUCCGGAUGAUUGCCGUUUGCUGAUCAAGCUACCGAAGGUGAAAUGCCUACGCAACAGAAAAAGGGAAGGUUUGAUCCGGUCCCGCAUUCGAGGAGCAGAUGUGGCCCAGGCAGGAGUUCUUACCUUUCUAGACAGUCACUGUGAGGUGAACAAGGACUGGCUGCUACCUCUCCUACAAAGGAUCAAAGAGGAUCCAACCCAUGUGGUGAGUCCAGUUAUUGACAUCAUCAACUUGGACACAUUUGCUUAUGUGGCAGCGUCUUCCGAUCUAAGGGGAGGGUUUGACUGGAGCCUACAUUUUAAAUGGGAGCAACUUUCUCCAAAGCAGAAGGCAAAGAGAAUGGACCCCACAGAACCCAUCAAGACUCCUAUCAUUGCAGGGGGCCUUUUUGUAAUUGACAAGGCCUGGUUCAACCAUCUUGGAAAAUAUGAUGCAGCGAUGGACAUCUGGGGUGGAGAGAACUUUGAAAUCUCAUUCCGAGUGUGGAUGUGUGGCGGAAGCUUGGAAAUCAUCCCCUGCAGUCGGGUCGGUCAUGUCUUCCGGAAGAAGCACCCAUACGUCUUCCCAGAGGGAAACGCCAACACCUAUAUCAAAAACACCAAGCGCACAGCUGAAGUGUGGAUGGAUGAAUAUAAGCAGUACUAUUACGCUGCCCGGCCUGCGGCUCAAGGGAGGCCAUAUGGAGACAUCCAGAGCAGAGUGGAACUGAGGAAGUCUUUGAAAUGCCACACUUUCAAGUGGUAUCUGGAAAAUGUCUAUCCAGAACUUAGAAUUCCUGAAGAAUCACUCUACCAGACAGGGAUGAUACGGCAGAGACAGAGAUGCCUGGAGACCCAGAAAUCUGAAGGACAGGAGUUCCCAGUUGUGAUCUUAAACCCCUGCAUCACCAGCAAAGGUGCGGCAGCAGUAGCACAGGAAUGGACGUACACAUACAACCAGCAAGUCCGCUUCCAGCAGCUGUGCUUGUCCAUACAUACCCUUUUCCCAGGGUCCCAGGUGGUGCUCUUACCUUGCAAAGAAGGGGAUGGCAAGCAGCGAUGGAACAAAGUUGGUUCCCACAUUGAGCACAUGGCCACACGUUACUGCCUGGACACAGAAAUGGUGGGGGACACCAAUGAGAACAUGAGAGAAGUUGUCAUUAACCCUUGCGAGAGCACAGCAAUGAGCCAGCGGUGGGAGAUGGUGAUGUCCUGACCACGUCUGUUGAUACCCGCGAGCAAACUCAACCAGAAGGACCUUUGUCAUGUCAGGAACCACCAAGGCUCUUGUCCAAGCUUGGGGGUGGGGUGGGGCUUGCCUUACAGUGGGGCAGAAGCCAAAGAAUAAGGACAUACAGCUGUGCCUAGGUUGAAGAAAGCACACAAGUGCUGGCUCUAUGAGCCACAGCAGUAAGCAUACCAGGUGGGGCCAUGUUUCCAUGCAGUUUAGGAACAUCACAAAAUUUAAUCUGGAAAUAUAUGUCAAUAACCCUUAUCUGUUAGUUGAAGCAGAAGAUGCUCUUCUUGGUUUUGAGAAGGGAAAUUCUCAAACUGGUAAAUGCAAUAUUUAUUGUCUUCAUUGCUGAGGUGGCAGUAAAGCUUUGGAAAACUUGGGAGAGCAGCUUCUAGUGGGGAAGGGUGGGGGAAGGGAUAAACUGGGUGUUACAGGAGCACAGAAAUGGUCGCGUUGGAAAGGAAUGAGCAGAGAAGGCCAAGCAAUCUUGCACUUUGGAUUGAUGUAACUGAGCACAUCUCUGGAAGAGUGCUAGAAUAAGCGACAUUGCACAUUAGAAUUUGUAUGUGAUCCAUGCACUUGUUGUGAACUAGAUACUGUUUAUGUGGGGUGAGAAGAAAAUGAGUGUGUGAGUGAAAGAGAGAGAGAGAGAGAAUGUGUUGCUUAUCUGGGAGCUGGUAUUCAAAAUUAGUAACAUGCAUAGAGGAGAGGGAAAUGUUUACUCCAUUCUCUCUGCUGCACAAGGCUUCCUCCAGGGUUGGGAAGGGGAUCCUGGCCUAGAAAGUUUAGAAACCAUCAAUGUCCUCCAUAACUGGCAAUUGAUGGAGGGAGACCGGGUGUGCUCUCACUUUGCACAGGGUACCACACCCAGCACAUAACUGGCCCUCCAUCCAUCCAUCCAUCUUCACACUCUCCCAGAGUUGACAUGCAGAGGGCUCUGGGAACACUUCACACAGGGCAGAGGCGGGGAGAAGAGAAACUCACCUUGCUUCUGAUCUUUCCACUGGUGUCCUGUGUAAGAAGUAAGAAUGGCAAGUCUUUGCAAAUGAUGACCCCCUUUGAUAGCCUUGGAGCUUUGGCAAAUGGCCCAGCAUUGGCUGUGCUACUUUUCUGUUGAAUUCCCCAUCCUACAACUACCCUACUAGGCCUGAACGCUUUGGAUGACUAUGGCUAAUUUUCAAAGACUUGAAGAGGGCACGAUAGUACUAGCAUUGCCUGUAGGUACAAGAUGGCUUCCCCUCAAACCCUGCAUUCCCGCUGUGGUCUCUGGUCUUUUCUUGAAGAACAAAUCCUUGGCAAAUGUGUUGAUCUAGAGACCAUAAGGGAACUACCUGGGCAGAAGAAUGGAUCUGAUUAUGUGAGAAACAUAUAUUGGAAUGCAGAAAUGCAAAAUAAUCCUGACACCUGCAGAAAUAGUAUUCACAGACCACUUAUGAAUUUGGAUUCUGCUUAUCACUGUAGGCAAAGCUAGCUUUGUCAUACCACCUUCUAGUCUGAACAAUGCUACCCAGCCUAUGUGUGUGGUGAGAGACUGAGUCAUGACUCUAUAUGAGAGGGCUGAUUAACACUGUUCUCAGGGGGUUCUUGGAUGAGCUUAAAACCACCUGCUGAUCAUCUGUAACUGUAAUGUGUCUCUCACUGUUUAAAAUACUUGGAAUAGGGGAAAUUUUCACAUAAUCAUAAAAAAUGAUAUUUUGCUAUUUGAAGGCCACUGUCUUGUGUUUUCUGUGUUGC